AUGUCCAAGUCUCGCAUGCCUCUCAUCCUCGGUGGUGCCGCCGCUACUGGUGUUGGAUACUACCUUUACGCCGCUGGAGGCAACCCCCGAGCUGCCGAGAAGAAGGCUGAGAGUGACGCCCACAGCGCUGCUGCCGACAUCAAGAGCCACCUCCCUGGCCGCACCGGCAACGUCGAGGGCGAGCUGAAGGGAGCUGGUGCCGCCGCCGGUCAAAAGAUUGACCAGGUUACCGCCGCAGCCGAUCGUCAGGUUGGUGUCCUCAAGAGCAACGUCGAGGCUGUUGCCAAGGAUGCAAAGGCCGAGGCCAUGAGAGUCGUCGACAAGUUUGACAACCGCGUCGAGGCCGAAGCUGCCAAGGCUAAGGGUGGUGUCUCAAGCUGGUUCGGUGGCAAAUAA